AUGAAUGUAUUUUUUGACGGAUAUGUUCAUGCGAAAACAAAUUUGAAAGAGUUUGUCGACCAGUUUGACAAUGCCUUGAGAAAGAAAAUCGAGAAUGAAAUCAGCUCAGACUUCAACUCAUUUAGCGUUACAAUUCCAUGCAUAUCUAGAUCUCCAAUCGAAAAGAGAUUCCAAGAGUUGUACACGAAUGCAAAAUUUAGAGAAGUUCAACAGCAAGUUAUGGGUGUGCUUGAUAUGGAUCCAUCUCUACUUAGACGGGAUGGUGUGAAGAAGACUUACUUGGUAGAAGAUGAAAUUCAUGUUGAGGAGUUCACAAAACAUGUUACAUAUUAUGUACACUUUAAUGAGGAAGACUGCGAUGUUAAGUGUUCAUGUGGAUUAUUUCAGAUGAAGGGGAUACUGUGUAGGCAUGUCUUGGCCAUAUUCAAAUGUAACGGGAUAAAGUAUUUGCCAAAUAGGUACAUUUUAGAUCGAUGGAGAAAGGACAUCAAACGGAGAUACACGUUAAUCCAUAGUACCUAUGACACAGGAUAUCAGCGGGAAGAUACUAACAGAUAUUCAAGUCUGUUGAAUAUUUGUUAUCGGAUGAUUACUCAUGCAGCGGGUUCAAAAGAGCAUACUGAAGAUGCAACUAAAAAGUUAUAUGCAAUGAUUGUUUUAUAUCAUGGCAGCCAAGAACCCCCUUCAAUGACCCAAAUGGAUUCUAAUGUUGGUUUAACGACAAAAGACACAAGUACAGUUAGUAGUUCGCAACAAGUACUCAGUCCACGAGUUGUGCACGGAAAAGGUAGACUCCCAUCUCUGAGGAGAGUAUCCAGGAUGGAGCAAGACAUGCAAAAAGUUAAAGCGAGGACGAAGAAAGCAAAUGUAAAGGGGAAACGUAAAGAGCGAGAUGAAGGAGAUUUGCCAGCCCAAAACACCUGUAGGAAUUUAUUUGGGUCAUCCGAGAUAGAUCUUACUGCUGAAAACAUGCAGAUACAACUUGGAGUGGAUGGAUCACAACCUUUACAACUUGGGUUGGAUGGAUCACAACCGGUGUAA